CAGGUUCUUCACUCUGAGGACAAUGUUCGUCACACUGAGGAGAUGGUUUCUUACUCCGAGGAAAAGGUUUCUCACUCUGAGGAAAACGUUCCUCACCCUGAGGACAAGGCUCCUCACUCUGAGGACAGCACUCCUCACUCUGAGAACAAGGUUCCUCACUCUGAGGAGAAGGUUCCUCACACUGAGGACAAGGUUUCUCACUCUGAGGACAAGGUUGCUCACUCUGAGGACAAGGUUGCUCAGUCUGAGGACUAG